AUGACACUCACUUUAGUGGGACUUGGAUUGGGAGAAGUCCAAGAUAUAACACUAAGAGGACUCAAGGCAGUUCAACAAGCUGAUACAGUGAUUCUUGAAAUAUACACAUCAACACUAAUAGAUAGUACCGUGGAAGAACUAGAGGCCUUCUUCGAAAAACCCAUAAGACAGGCCGAUCGUAUUAGUAUAGAGGAACAAGCAGAUGUUAUACUAAAUGAAGCGCAACACAAAUCGGUAGCGCUAUUAGUAGCCGGAGACCCACUUAGCGCAACAACGCAUUGCGAUAUAUGCCUACGUGCCGAAAAGGCAGGGGUACAAGUAGAAGUCAUACAUAAUGCAAGUAUUAUAAACGCAAUCGGUAGAACGGGAUUACAACUAUACCGAUUUGGAGAGGUCGUAUCGAUACCAUUUUUCGAAAAGAAUUGGACACCAGACAGCUUCUAUGACAAAAUUGUAAAAAAUAGGAACGCAAACCUCCACACCCUAUGCCUAUUAGAUAUCAAGGUUAGAGAAAGAUCAGUGGAAAAUCUCAUGGCCAAUAAAAUGAUAUUCGAACCUCCGAGAUACAUGACAGUAAAUGUAGCUAUAGAACAAAUACAGCAAGUGGACCAGACAAAACAACAGAUAAAUAACAGUACGAGAGCAUUCGGGGUAGCAAGGCUGGGCUCAAAGACAGCAAAAAUUGUAGCCGGCACCCUGGAUCAAUUGAAAAACGUACAAUUUGGAGAACCACUGCACUCAAUGGUAAUUUGUGCACCGAAACUACACGAUAUAGAAGAGGAAUACUUCAACCAUUAUGCACAAAAAACUAACCACACGGAAACAGAACCUUAG